AUGUCUGGACUUCCUACACGACGUGUGACCCGGGCCACCGCGCGGCCCACCGUCCUCAAGGAUAAGGAGAACGCAACAGCACGUAAUGGCCGUACAGCAGCAUCCCGCGCGAAACCCCCUUCCACACAAGCCGCCUCAGAGAAACCAGAGAACAUUAAACCCGCGGGGUUGUCCCGCGUUACCGCCUCCACGGCAGCCACCAGGGCCAAGUCGGCGGGCGUAGCAGGCUCCAAGGUGGACCCUAGCACCCAGAUUAAGCGCAAGCGCGAGGCCUUGGGCGAGGUCCCCAAACCACCAGAGAACAGGGCGGGACCCGCAGACGCCGGCGCCGGAGCGUUCGACUUCAAAGGCAAGGAGAAGGUCAAGGAAGUGAAGGAAAAGUUCGAAGGCGUCGUGGUCAAGCAGACGACGACUACGACGACGGUUGCUCGUAAGCCUAUUCGCACCGUCGUUGAUUCCUCUACGACAACCACCGCGAUAGCAACUUCAACAACACGUCGCACGCGCACCACCAUCGCCCCGUCCCAGUCACAACUCAAGCCCCUACGAGAACAUGAUGAGGAUGCCAUGGCGGUUGACUCCCAUCCCGUCGCUCCUAUUCCCUCACCAAAACGCUUCGUCGCUGCUCGUGAGGAGAAGCGUACUGGCAUCCCCGCACAGUCCCGCGUGCCCCGGCGUGUCACAAGGCCACAGAGUCGCGAAGUGGACGAGGAGGAGGCGCACCGCGCAUUCAAGAAGCGGCGCACAUCUUCAGACGUCCCCGAGGUCGAAGCUCUUCACGAGGAAGAGGUUGAGAACGCAGUGGCGCCCGGAGAAGCCGAUCCAAAUGGCGACGAGUGGGACGACCUGGAUGCCGAGGACGAUGAUGAUCCCCUCAUGGUUAGCGAGUACGUCGUCGAGAUCUUUGAGUACCUUAAAGUGGUCGAGCAAGAAUCGAUGCCCAACCCCAAGUACAUGGCGAACCAGAAGGACCUCGCAUGGAAGAUGCGCGGAGUCCUCACGGACUGGCUGGUUCAAGUACAUUCUAGGUUCCGCUUGCUCCCCGAAACCCUGUUUCUCUGUGUCAACAUCAUCGAUCGUUUCCUCUCCGCUCGCGUUGUCUCGUUGGCAAAGCUGCAGCUCGUGGGGAUCACGUGCAUGUUCAUCGCCGCCAAGGUUGAAGAGAUCCUUGCGCCUUCGGCGAGCAACUUUCUCUACUGCGCCGACUCGUCAUACACCGAGACCGAGAUCCUCCAGGCCGAGCGUUAUGUCUUGAAGACCAUCGAGUGGAACCUCAGCUACCCGAGCCCCAUCCACUUCCUCCGCCGGAUCAGCAAAGCUGACGACUACAACAUUCAAGUGCGGACAAUUGGCAAGUAUCUGCUCGAGAUCCAGUGCCUCGAGUGGCGCCUCAUCGCCGCUCCCCCGUCCUUGCUGGCCGCUGCGGCUAUCUGGUUUGCGCGCUUGAUCAUUGGGUUUACGGAAUGGACCCCGAACCUUGCGCACUACGCCUCAUACCGGGAGAGCGACCUUAUCCCGACGGCAAACUUGAUGCUUAACUAUGUGCUCAAGCCGGUCGAGCACGAGUCGUUCUUCAAGAAGUAUGCGUCCAAGAAGUACAUGAAGGCCAGCGUCUUCGUGCACGAUUGGGCGCGUGAGCACUGGGCAGAGAACGCGCGAGUGGACUUAGCUUCAGAACUUCCGGCGCUGAAAGAGGUUCUUCGCGAGCGACGUGAACAGGAAGAACGACUGCUAGCGGCGCAGGAUGCCAACGGAUACGACAAGCACCAUCCUUAG